UCAAGGUAUUUGCUUCGACACCUAUAGUUCCUUUUAUGUUAUAGUACGUAACUGAAAUAUUUUUUCUAAUUGUUUCAGGUAUCGCCAUUUUGAAAACAACAAUGGAGCAAGUAACAAAAUAUUUAAUCAUCAUAACAUCACUGAUGACUGUCAAAUUAACAGUAACCGAAAGCAAAAAUGAAGACAUUCAACCGAAAAUGGAAAGAUUAUAUUAUUCACCAGUGUUUAUUAACGUCUGCGACAUAGUGGAUCGGCGAUCUAAAGUACACUGUUAUUGUGACAGUAACAAGCCAAAAAUGGCCACGAGGGCUGACUGCUGGGUAUUCGGCGGUGGAAUCACCGAAGAAGAUCUCAUCUGGCCUAGCUUUUCAUCUCAGUCUGAAAUAGAACAUUUAAUGUUUAACGUUCGAUCGGACGACGCGCUUACCUUUAUACCUGCGAAGGCUAUUAUAAGACUGGACAGGCUACAACAUAUCUCCAUACAGUUUGGGACUAUCAAGCGAAUCCCACCAUACGCAUUCACGAACUCAUCAACUGUGAAACAGAUCGUAUUAAAAUCGAAUAAGAUCACCACUUUGGAGAAACAUUCAUUUGCCCAGAUGAUGAUGCUAUCAAAUUUGAGCUUAGAUGAAAAUCAAAUUUCAGAAUUGAAGAGAGACGUGUUUUUCGGCUUACCCAAUCUUCACGUUUUACACUUAUCGAACAACAACUUGAGUUUGAUUCACGAAGGCUGCUUUAAACAUUUGAAUAAUCUAGUUGAACUAAAUUUAGAUUAUAACUACAUAUCUGUUAUAACUAGGGAAAUGUUAGAAGGACUUGAAAAUCUGUCCCGAUUGAAUUUGAGAAAUAAUAAAUUGACAAUGGUUGGGAAUUUAGCUUUCAGUGAUCUCUGGGGACUGAAAGAACUGAUUCUAGAUAACAAUGCCAUUGAAUACGUAUCAGAGAGAGCGUUCGGAGGUCUCACGCAGCUGAGGAAAUUGACGCUAUCUGGAAAUAAGAUUAAAAACUUCUACGAAGACAUAUUGGAGGACAUAAGAAGUCUGAUUGUACUAGACCUAAGGUACAACAUGUUAGAAGCGAUAUCCUAUGAAACGGUUCGACCAGUGGUAGAGAAUGACAAAGCUGCCUCUACUGCAGUUUAUUUGGAAGGUGAGUUGGAACUUUCUUAUUUAUGGCUCUAAUAUGAACUAUUAAACUGAAUAUACGAGCGGUAACGUCUCAUGACUUUCCAUCUGCGAACACCCGGUGCGUAUGGGGUUUUGAAUAUUUUAUUCUCUCAAUACCGUCUAUGUGAAAUCCUAUUACGGUAAUACCUACCUUUCUCUUAGUUUUUCUGAAAUCUCCUUGUGAAUAUUAUAACAUAG